GUAGCUCUGAAGGGGGACAUAUUUUGUUCUUUGAAAAAUUGGCAUGAGUCCUAGAACUGUAUUUCUGUAACAAAAACACCAUUACAAACCAGCAUUGCGACUUUGUUAGGCAGUGAGACUCUGACGGGUGAGAUCACGUGACCGGAGUAAGUGGUUUCAAUGUUACAAUCAGCUGAGACAGGACUGCUACACGAUAACUCUUUAUGGGUGAAAAGACAAUAGUGUUUUUCAGAAUGACGGACACCGGUGAGGGCGAUUCCGUGGCUAACCCGGGAGCCUCAAAUCCUAGACCGUCCUCCUUCGCGCUCGGCAAGGGAGCCUUGGCCGGACGCAUAUCACUGAACUCGCCUCCUCCGGGCAGGCUCACCUCUCUGCGGUCCAGAGACCUCACACUAGGCGGCUUUAAAAAGAAAACCUUUGUGCCCAAUGUCCAUUCUGUCAGGAAAAGCAAAGAUGAACUUAGAGAGGAGACACGCACACCACCUAAAAAGGAGAAGCGAGAGGACAGACAGAGAGAAUCCAGGCGGAGAAGAGAGCGACCUCAGGUCAUACAGUCACACUCCAUUUUUGAACAAGGUCCUGCUGACACUAUUAGGAAAACAGGCAGCUGGGGCAGCACGGACCUAAGUGACUGUGGACCCUCACUCGUCGCAAAAUGUGUGAAAAAGGAAAAGAAAGUGACACAGGAAGACGAAAGUGAGAUUUUACAAAAACUACAACGCGAUGAUUUUUUAGAUGACCCUGGCCUUAAGAACGACGAGCGACAGAGGCCUAUCCAACUUCCACUGUAUCAGUCAAGCAGUUUCCUACUGGAGUCGUCAGCCUCUUCUACAGAAAGAAGAGCCCCAGUGGGACUGGGAUGUGUGGGUCCUCAGCAGCCAGCUGUGGGGGAACUCUUUCAAAAGCUCAGCCUCUCUGACCAGGAGGAACUGCUGUUUAUUCAGCUUCCCGACGCCAUCCCAGGCCAACCAGCAUCAACAAGCACCGAGACAUCAGCUAAAAAGGACAAGCCUGAUGAUAAGAAUCCCAAUAAAUUAAGAACACAGGAGCCCACGGGAAAAGAGAGUGCACCUGUUCUAGCAGAUUUCUCAGAAGGCCUGAUUGGCAAACUGCAGAUCCGGAAGUCUGGUAAAGUGCAGCUGGUGUUGGGAGACAUCAAACUGGACGUAUCUGAGGGAGCAGCAUUCUCCUUCCUCCAGCAACUAGUGUCGGUGCGUCUCUCCGAUGGCCUCACGGGGGACAUGAGUGUGCUGGGUAACGUCCAGCACAAGUUGGUGUGCUCGCCGGACUUCCAGACUCUCCUCCAGGGGGUCAAGCGACCCUCCGGCUCCUGCUCGGGAAAGUCCUGAUCUUGACACAGCUUGCCGAACACACCGCUAUUUUUAAACCCAUUUCAUGUAAAUAGACUAUUUAAAGCGAAUGUUUUGUACUUAUGUGCUUGAACAUCUGUAAAAAGAUAAUGGCAUGUUAUUUUUUUAUUUAGAAAACAUACGUUUAUUGAAUAAAGAUGUAGAAUACAAAAA